CCAGUCAAUCCAAUCUAUGGGCAAAACUCUAUAGGUAUCAAAGAUCUUCGGAAAAAUGAAAAUAAUAAAUAAAUACAAUUGACAUUAAAAAAUACCAUAUAAUUUUACCAUUGUGUAAAUAUAAUAAUUCGUGGUGUGUUGUAUUAACUUUAAAUGAGUAUCGAACAUUUGAUUGAGCAUUGAGCAUUGAACUAUUUGUGAUGGCUCUUAGGAAAUCUUCGGAAAUACCCAAAGAUGCAGUUGUUUUGAAUGAAAUUGAAGCUACCGGUUAUAUUUGGGAAAUUGUGAACCAAUGGGAGUCUCCCUCAGACAUAUGGGCAUUACGCUAUGGUGCAGUGGCAUUGGGUGCGGUCAGUUCUUUGACUGGCCUUCUAAUCAACAAGCAUUAUAGAUGGAGAUUGAAAUUGGGCACUUACGGAUACUUAGCAUCAGCUGUCCCUAUUGUUGUUAUGCCGGGUAUCCUAACUUUGUUGUUUCACAAACAAGCUAUCACAACAAACAUGCUACUCAUGAAGCACGAAACGUGUCCCAUCUGUCAUGAGGUGAAAUCAGCAGCUUUGCAACUUGCCUUUGGCAUUGCUUAUCCUAUGGUAUUGGCCCCGACCUCAGCACUAAUGUUCGCCAACAGAUACUCAACAUACAGGGUGCCCCACUUAGGCGCAGGACCGAAAGAGAUGUUCAAGUUUUUGCGCGGCCACACGAAGUCCUUCACCGGUACCCUAGCGUAUAUCGCUAUAUUACAAUUGGCUGCAUCGGCUGUAGUCACUUAUUUUGAAAUGAGGCAUAAUAUUAAGCUAAGAAAUAAAUUGGCUGAAAUGGAACGGAAACUAGACGAUGAACUAUUAUAAGAUAUUAUAUUAAGCCACGUUGUUCUUGACUCUUACCAAAAAAUUAUUGAUUGUAUUUAGUGGCGUGCACUUCAUACAUGCACAAAAGCACUGCCUACCCUAAAAUUGAUAUAUAACUCGUAUAUGAGGGGGAUUUUGGCAUUUUAUGCCAAUUUUCCUGCUUUAUGCAUACCCUGGUAAGAAACUCAGUGCACGCCACUGAUUGUAUUGCUGUUCAAAGACCUUCGUUCACUCAAUACAGUUUCAACACCGGUUCAACUGCAAAUAAAGGCGAUGCUUCAUUAGUGCGUUGCGUUUCCGCAUUUAACUUACACAACCUCUCUGGCGAUUUCUUAUUUAUUUAGCAUUUAAGAUAGUUUUGUUGUAAAUAGAUAUUAAAUAGUAUUGUUGA